AUGCCCAAUCUUACCUCCACAUCUGAAUUCUUGCUCCAGGAAUUUUCAGAAGUUCGAGAACUACAGAUCUUACAUUUCUUUGUAUUCUUAGCAGUAUAUGUGACUGCACUGACUGGUAAUCUUCUUGUCAUCAUUGCUGUAGUGCUUGAUCAUCAUCUGCACACCCCCAUGUACUUCUUCCUAGUAAACUUGGCUGUUCUGGACCUUGGCUCAGUUUCUGUCAUGGUACCUAAAGCUAUUGUCAAUUCCCUCCUGAACUCCAGGUCAAUUUCUUAUUCAGGAUGUGUGGCUCAAGUAUUUUUCUACUUCCUACUUGAAGGGUCAGAUUUUGCCAUCCUCACAGUUAUGGCACAUGAUCGGUAUGUUGCUAUCUGUAAUCCAUUACAAUAUGAGAGAGUCAUGCAUAAAGGAGCCUGCUUUCAGAUGGCAGCCAGUUCAUGGAUUGCUGGUACCCUUUAUGCCAUAUUGCACACCAGUUGCACUUUUGCCAUCACCUUUUGCUCCAAUAUGAUCAAUCAGUUCUUUUGUGAGGUUCCACAGCUACUAAAACUCUCAUGUUCAGAUUUAUAUCUAAUUGAGGUUGGACUUCUUAUAUUGAGUUCUACCAUAGUUGGAGGAUGUUUUAUCUUCAUCAGCAUUACCUACAUGAAGAUUUUUACAGCAGUACUCCGAAUGCCUUCUGUGCAGGGUCAGAAAAAAGCCUUCUCCACUUGCAUUCCCCACCUCACUGUGGUGUCUCUGUUUUAA